AUUCUUUCCCACUCUCUUUACGAAAGGUCCUUUUUAGGCCUAUUACAUUCUUUUUUCCUUAAUCUCUCAUUUUAAACACAUUCAUUUUCAUUUAUUAUUAUAUUAGUCUAUCAGUUAUGUUUUCAUCGUCUCUAGGGACGGCCCUCGUCGGGGCAGUCCUUGCUACAAGCGUAGUAGCAUACCCUCCAGCCUACGCACCUGAAAAAUAUGCUGAUCGUAUCGAUGCUCAUACUGGUGUCUCUGCCAGAACACUUCAAAACUUAAUCUGCAGUCAUGACAUUGGUUGCUCAAAGCAGAAUGAGGUUCUGUUAAAUACGUAAGAAUCACCAAGAAUCAACCUCCUUCAUUCAUUGGCUAACAAAUUUAUAGUGGAGUCGAUGCCUCAUUGGAUGUCUUCGGUAUCCUUGAUCUAGGUCUUGGUGCUGAUAUCGGAAUCAGCUUCGGAAGUGCAACAGGAGUCCAAAUCAAGUGUGUUGAUUGCCGAACAUGGGGUAGCGCCGUCGUCACAAACACAGUCGCCCAGAUUUCCGACAGCCUUAUCGAAGAUGCUCUCGAAUUCAUUGAACAUCCUUUCCAAACCAUUCUAGAGGCCGCAAGCUUAGAAUGUUUAAUCUCUUUGGAAAAUGUUGGAGGACAUAUCGAACUUGAUGUCUUCGCCGCUGAAGCCGCUACCUACACGCUCAACAUUUUCGAAGCCGGUCUCGUUGCUAACGUUUCUCUUCUUGAUACUGUUUCCGUUGGUUUAAAUAUUUUCCUCGACUUGGUUAUCUCCGUUGAUGCAGAGGUCGAUCUUUCUGCUGGUUUCGAAUUCUCUUUCCCAGAAGGUGCCUCCCUUACUGUUGAUCUCUUGGCCGGUGCCAUCAAAAACCAUGAUUUUACUGGAGCCAUCAUGAACGACCUUCCAAUCAUCGUUCUUGCUGGUGAAGCUAAAUUCCAAGCUGCUAUUCGUGUAAGAAUUGAGGCUGGUACUACCAUCUCUCUCUUGGGAAUGGAAUACAGCUUUGAGCUUGGUGUAUAUGCUGAUAUGCUUCAAUACAUCGCCCAAAUUGGCAGCACUGCUGAUUGCUCUCUUUCCAUCUCAGCUGAAUGCAAUGUUAACGUUGGUGCAUAUGCUUCUGCCGUUGCAAAUCUUGACUUUGCCUCUUUCAGCGUUGCUCCAACUGCAUUCAUCACCUUGAAUGUUGCUACUCUUGCACCAAUUUGCUCUGCAAGACCAACAACUACCAUUGCUUUGGGAGCUGCCAUUACUGGUUCUGCUUCCAUUGGCGGUGGAGCCUCGGGAGCAUUAUCUGGCAUUGAUUCAGGGUCAAUCUCAGCAGGUGGCAUCAAAGCUUCUAUUACUGGUUCAAGCCCAUCUUCAUCUAGACACUACUUGAAUGGCACUAUCCCCACUGCUUCAUCUAAAGGAUCUUUGCCUAGCACAAUCACUGACGGAGCAUCAUUGACAACUUCUACUGUUUACGCUACCCAAGUUAUAACCAUCACUAGCUGUGCCGCAAAUGUUCUUCACUGUCCAGGAACCCUUGCAUCCGUUGCAGUUAUUACCCAAACAGUCGUCGAUUACACCACCGUCUGCCCAGUUUCCGAAGCCGGACAAACCCCUUCAAUCUUACCAUCAUUGACCCCCAAGGUCACCAUCAAAGCUCAACCAUCAGUCAUCCCAGCCACAGUCACUCUUACCCCGGUUGCAACUGCAAGCACCUCUACUUUCGACAUCCCAACUUCGGCAGCUGUAACUCCUGUCGGUCCUGGUUUCCAAACUACCAACUUGGCUUCCAUCUCCUCAGCUUUGUCUACUGAACUCUUGGGUUCUUCUCCUUCGUCCCUUCCAGUUGGAUCGGGAAGUUUGAGUGCUUCUGUUCCUGCUCAAAGUAGUGCUGGUGAUCUUAGUGGUAUUUCGGUUUUCCCAUCUGGUGCUUCGCCAAGUGCUUCAGUCUCAGGAAGUGGUUCGCUCCCUUCUGUUUCUGGAAGUGGUUCAUUGCCAUCUGUUUCUGGAAGUGGUUCUUUGCCAUCUGUUUCUGGAAGUGGUUCAUUGCCAGUUGCAUCCGCCCCAGGAAGUGGUUCAUCCCCAUCUGGCACUGCUGCUGCCACUUUACCAUGUGUCUCAUCAGGCCCUCUACUAUCAGGACAAACUGCUUGCCCAGUAUCCCCCUCUGCUCCAGCUCAAACUAGCGCUGGAGAUCUUAGUGGUAUCUCGGUUCUCCCAUCUGGCUCUUCCCCAAGUGCAUCGGUUUCAGGAAGUGGUUCAUCCCCAUCUGGCACUGCUGCUGCCACUUUACCAUGUGUCUCAUCGGGCCCUCUACUCUCAGGACAAACUGCUUGCCCAGUAUCCCCAUCUGGCUCUUCUCCAAGUACUCUGGUUUCAGAAAGUGCUUCAUUCCCAUCCGGGUCUGUCGGAAGUGGCUCAAUCCCAGUCGCUUCAGCCUCAGGAAGUGGUUUAUUCCCGGUUGCUUCAGCCUCAGGAAGUGGCUCAAUCCCAGUUGCUUCAGCCUCAGGAAGCGGUUUAUUCCCAGUUGCUUCAGCCUCAGGAAGUGGCUCAAUCCCAUCUGGCUCUUCUCCAAGUGCCUCAGUCUCCGGAAGUGCUUCAUUCCCAUCUGGCUCUGUCGGAAGUGGUUCAUCUCCAAGCGCCUCAGGCCCCGCAGGUUCUUCACCAUCUGGCUCUGUCGGAAGUGGUUCAUCUCCAAGCGCCUCAGCCCCCGCAGGUUCUUCAACAAAUGCUUCAGGGUCCAGCGGAAUUUCUGCCACUGCUUCUUUGCCAGUCGUUUCGUCGAACGGUGCUUCCCCAUCUAAACCCGUUGGAACCGGUUCAUUUCCAAGUGCCCCAGCUUCUGGAAAUGGUUCAUUCCCAAGUGCCUCAGCUUCUGGAAAUGGUUCAUUCCCAAGUGCCUCAGCUUCUGGAAACGGUUCAUUCCCAUCAGGACCAGCCAGUAUUCCAAGCCCGUCUAGCGCUUCUGAUCUUAGUGGUAUCAGUGUUACUGGAGGAUCUUCUCCAUCUUCCUUGCCAUCUGUCACUUCGUCAGAAAUCGAAUACACCACUGUUAUCGUUGACUCAUACACUACAGUUUGCCCUGUCACCAUGACUCAGACUAGUGGAGGAGUAACCAGUCUUUUGACCUCUUCUACUACUUCGACUGUUUACACAACUUCCACUGUGGUUGGUACAAGCACUAUUACCACGGUUCCUUCUGGAUUGUCCCCAUCUGGAUUGUCUCCAUCUGCCACUUCUGAUCUCAGUGGUAUCAGCGUUACUGGAGGAUCAUCCCCAUCUUCGUCUGAAACGAUCUACACAACGGUUAUUGUCGAUCAAUACACAACAGUUUGCCCUGUUACCAUGACUCAAACUAAUGGAGGAACUACAACUGUCUUAACUACCUCGAGCAUUUCUACUGUCUACAGCACUACGACCAAAAUUGCUACUAGCACUGUUCAAGUUCCUGGCCCAAUUAUUUCUUCCCCAGCUGCAUCUACAUCUGAGACGAUCUACACAACAGUUAUUGUCGAUCAAUACACAACAAUCUGCCCAGUUACUUUGACUCAAACCAACGGAAGAUCCACCAGCGUUGUGACUUCAUCAAUUAUUUCUACUAUCUUCAGCACUUCGACCGCUAUCGGCACACGCACCACCACGAUUUUACCUUCUGCAACUUCAGAUCUCAGUGGUAUCAGCGUUACUCAAUCUGGAAGCCCUUCAGUUACUGGCUCAAUUGUCUCUCCUCAACCAUCUGAAACUGUCGUUACAACCGUCAUUGUUGACUCUUAUACUACAAUCUGCCCAGUAACUCUCACCCACACUAGCCAAGGUACUACUAGCCUUGAGACAACCACCAGCUUGUCCACUGUUUACAGUACCUCGACUCUUCUUUCCACGAGUACUAUCACCCCAACCCCAGUUGCCCCAACAACUGCUGUUUCCCAAGGUCUUUCCACACAAAUUUAUUCCACUGUCUCUGUCGAGUCCUACGUCACAGUAUCAUCUCUUACUUUGACCAAGACCAGCCAAGGAGUUACUAGCUUGGAGACAACCACUAAAUAUUCAACCGUCUCCCUCUCCUCGACACGUUACAUUACCAAGACUAUUGCCAUUCCAAGUCAAGGAACUUCUUCCCCAGUCGCAAGCGGCUCAGUUAUCGUUCCACAAGGCAGUGCCCCAGCUUCUGGACCAUCUACCGGACCAUCUUCCCCAAUUGCAAGCAGCUCAGUUAUCGUUCCACAAGGCAGUGCCCCGGCAUCUGGACCAUCUCCAUCUCCAUCAUCUGCUUCCCAAGAUUCUGGAGUAACUGGUUCUGCCCCAGCUGCUUCUGUAGUUUCUACUCCAGGCGUCCCAGCCGCUUCCUCUCCAGCCGCUUCCUCUCCAAUCGCUUCAUCUCCAGCCGUUUCCACACAACCCGGAUCUGGUUCAGGAAACUCUGGUAGCCAAUCUCCAUCUCUCGUUGCUAGUUUGAGUGCCCCAACUGCUAGCGGAACACAGGUUUACAGCACUGUAACUGUUAUUCCCCUUGCUUCUAUUGGUUCUCAAUCAGCCAGCUCUGCCCAAGGUUUAAGCACUCCUCCUCCAGCCGUUGGAUCUUCUUCACCAUUGAGCUCCGCUGGUAUUCCAUCAGGAAGUGUAGGUUCUUCAGAAUGCGCUCAACCAUCCGUCAUCACCAUUUCUGCUUCUCCUUCUUUGAUCACUGUUGUAAGUUUUUUCCCAUUUAGCUUUUUAAGAAUUUUUUAAUUAAUCAAUUAUAGACUCAACCUGCCUCUAUCAUUACCGUCACUGAAACUGCAGGUCUUGGCUCGCCAUCUUCUGCUCCUGGUUACCCAGGUUCCCCUCAAGUCUCUGCUUCAGCUGGAAUUCCAGGUCAAGUUGUUUCGGUUUCCUCUGCUCAGGGCAUUACAGUUGGUUCUUCGACUGGUGUCGUUCCAGUUUCUGGUUCCUCAUCAACUGUUGUCAUCCCAGGUGCUCCAUCAUCUGUUAUCAUUCCAGGUGCAUCAUCGACUGGCGUCAUUCCAGUUUCUGGUUCCUCAUCAACUGUUGUCAUUCCAGGUGCCCCAUCAUCUGUUGUGAUCCCAGGUGCUUCAUCAUCUGUUGUCAUCCCCGGUUCAGGUUCUCCAUCAUCUGUCAUCAUCCCAGGUGCCCCAUCAUCCGUCAUCAUCCCAGGCCCGUCAUCCACCAACGCCAUCCCAGCCUCAGGCUCCUCAUCCACAAUCAUCAUCCCAGGCCAAAGCGGAUCAACCUCGACCCUCAUAAUCCCCGCUCAAAUAAUCCCCACCGCAACCCCCCUCUACCCCUCCGGCUCCUCAAACAGCACAUCCGGCUACUACGCCAGCGGAACCGUUUCCCUCUCCUCUUCCUCUUCUACAUCCACUUCGAGCUCCUCUUCCUCCAAAUCCAGCUCAACAGCCAGCUCCAGCAAAUCCACCCAACAAUCCUCCCCCUCCAAAAGCACAAACACUUCUCCCGCCGGAAGUCCCCAAACCGCUACUCCUAGCAUGAUCGUUACGGGCUCUGCUACUCGCUCUAGUAUUUCUCUGACUUUCAUCGCGGUGGUGAUGGGUGUUAUUGCUCUUUUGUGAUUUGAGUGAUGUUUGCAUAUAUGUAUGGAAAGAUAGAUGAGAUGUACAUGAGUAGUUGGUAUCAAAUGAACCGGGGAUUUCAUAUGUUUGGAUUUUGAACGAGAAAGUGGUGUUGAUAGAUAGAUAGAUACUGUUCGACUUGGUGUGCUUUGUGUACAGUAUUUUUAAUGUUAAUUUUUAUUUUCAUUUUUAUUUUGGAUAUAUU